AUGCUGGUGCUAAACUGUGCUACCAAAUUACUGACCCUGGAAAAAGUGCUGAAGGGUCACUUUCCCGAAUCACUCAAGGUUUAUGGAGCAGUGAUGAACAUAAAUCGCGGGAACCCCUUUCAAAAGGAAGUGGUAUUGGACUCAUGGCCAGACUUCAAAGCUGUCAUCACUCGGCGGCAGAAAGAGGCUGAGACAGAUAACCUGGACCAUUACACAAACGGCUAUGCUGUGUUCUACAAGGAUGUAAGAGCUUACCGACGGCUGCUGGAAGAACGUGACGUUAUCAACUGGGACCAGGUUUUCCACAUACAAGGGCUGCAGAGUGAGUUGUAUGACAUUUCCAAAGCUGUUGCCAGCUCCAAGCGGUUGGAUGUGAAGCUAAGUUCCAGCAAGGCGGUCCGUUUGUCUGUGGUGUCAGCUCCGCCAGACACCAGUCUCCU